UGAAUAUAAGAAAUGUAAAGUAGCUAGCGCAGCACAGUCGUCUAGUAUUUUCGACGAGUAGUAAGUGUUUUUGACUCGCAUCGCCAUGGCACGUACCAAGCAAACCGCUCGCAAAUCCACCGGAGGAAAGGCUCCAAGGAAGCAGCUUGCCACCAAGGCUGCUCGUAAGAGUGCGCCAGCAACCGGUGGAGUGAAGAAGCCACAUCGUUAUAGGCCUGGAACCGUCGCUCUUCGUGAGAUACGUCGCUAUCAGAAGAGCACUGAAUUGCUUAUCCGCAAGUUGCCAUUCCAGCGUCUUGUCCGUGAAAUCGCUCAAGAUUUUAAGACCGAUCUUCGCUUCCAGAGCUCAGCUGUGAUGGCUCUUCAAGAAGCAAGUGAGGCUUAUCUUGUUGGUCUUUUUGAAGACACUAAUCUCUGUGCCAUCCAUGCCAAGCGCGUCACCAUCAUGCCUAAGGAUAUCCAACUUGCCAGACGUAUCCGCGGAGAACGUGCUUAAAUUACAAUUUCCCUUUUAUUCAACGAUAUUAAUCAGCCCUUUUC